AUGAAAAACACUUUGUUAUGUGCAGCGGCCGAGAUGUGCAAGUUGGAUGAUUUCCGCCUUCCAGGUACUGAUGUUGCAACCCUUCCUGUAUCACGUUCUGUUUCUCUUUGCCCGAAUUAUGGUCCUUGUUUGGUGUCUUCCGUCUUGACGGCCAUGCGUGAGGCCAGUGCCGCGGCCCUAUGGGAAAUGCAUGCCUGCGUUAAGAUCCAGUCAGUCAUAAGGAUGUGGCUGCAGCGCACCAUCUAUCGUAGGGUACGUAACACCAUUAUUAACAUUCAACGCUUUUACCGAGGCUAUUGCACGAGGAAGUCUCUUGCUGUGCAAUUUGCAGAAGAUGAGAAAAAUUAUCAAUAUGCGAUUUUUUCUUAUUAUGCAACUCGCAUUCAGGCAUGUUUUAGAGGGUAUUACUGUCAUAAAUAUCAUAGUAACUAUUAUGCUGUCAAGCGAUAUGUGAUAAAAGUGGUGAAAGAGUCGGAUCGAAUACAGCGUAUGGCUGAGUCUGUACAAUCAAAACUAGAGGAGCAGCGCCGUAUUGAGGCGGAUGAAGCUGAUGCCACCGCAUAUCGGCGUGCUACGGAGCAGGCGCAUCACUUGUUGUCCACUACGGUUAUACCUGGUGUAUAUGGUGCUAUUCGUUGUCCACAUGGAAGCCCUGAAUCAUCCACAAGAAACGGCAUGUUGACCACUAUACGGGAUACUAAAGUUGAGGAUGACAUUAAAAUCAACAACUCGCGUUUGAUUCGAUCUGUAGUUCUACAGCGUCAGGAGAAACUCUCUAAUAUUAGUGGUACUUUAUCAAAAACAAAAUCUACAUCCCAUGCUGUAUCCAAGAUGACUCAGAAUAAAUGUAAAGAAAAUGAUAACGAAAGCAAAAAAGAACGACUUAUACUUCCUGCACUCACGAGGUCUGGUAUAUGCCACCGAAGCUCUGAGGCACCCACCGCUAUCGACGAAAGAGAUGCUAAUGAUGAACGGGCUGCUCGCGCACAUUAUUAUCGGCAAUGCUUUAAGCCGAGUAUCGGAGCGCAGACAAAGUCGUGUUUGUAUGAAAUAGAGGACACCCACCCACCCGCUCGUCCCCUGUUGCUUCCACACAGCCCUCCAUUAACCCAGCCUGUAUCGUCUCUUACUAAGUCAGGUUUGCGCAACUCUGAGAACAGGCAGCCUUUAUUGAAAAAGGAUAGGAUUACUCGCGCCUACCCUUCCAAAGAAUUCGAUUCUCUCAAUCAUGAAUCUGAAUUUAAAUUUCAUCUACUGACGACAGGUUCCCUACUAGCUCCCCAAAACGCUGUUUCAAGUAGUAAUCGGAAUUUUGGUGUACCGGCCCAUGACUGUUAUCAUGAUAAUGAAAGGCGAGAUGACAAUGACAGUGGUGGUGGUGUUAGGGGUUCGGAUUCGUACAUACCCAAUGGGCCGAUCUACGAUACUGAAAAAGAAACGCUGCAGCGCGUAGUGGACAUGAAGGUCAUUCAUCAUUUGCACAAAAACGCAAUUUUCAAGGUUUCCAAAUCAAUCUCUAACCGGACAAAGACUCCGGCAUUGUAA